AUGUUGGCCCCAUUGGAAGACCAACAGGCACACGUCCCCCACCUCAAGAGUAUUGCUAAAAAGUGGGCUGAGCAAGUGCGAUCGGGGCAUCUACACAAAUACGAUGUCAUUCCCCUUAUCAAGACAACAGUGAUGAAAUCCUUGGAAUAUCCUAUGGUGUUAACUAUACUGGAUGCUGCGACAUGGGUGUCAAUUAUGAGACCCGUUCUCCCAGUCUGCCUGCCAAAGGCCAGCAUAUGCAGGAGCUUCCCUCGUGACAUGGUUCUUGCCCCUCUCAAAUUCCAGGGUCUGGGCAUCCCCCAUCCGUUUGGUACUCAGGUGUCUAAACAUAUUGAGGUCCUGCUCCGCCACUUGUCCAACCGAAAAAAAACUGGGGCGUAUAUGGAGGCUGAGACCGGCACCUCCUUCGGACUCUUCCAGCAGGACUAUAGCAACACGGGAAUUUGGGCGUCAGAUACUUGGCUCAAAAGAGUCUGGAAAGAGUUGGAAGACUUGGAUAUCUACGUUGCUCUUGACUCUCCUGUCCUCCCUCUCCGGUGCGAAGGCGAUGCGUUGCUCAUUGAGGUAUUGAUGGAGUUGGAAGUGGAUCAGGACACUCUGAAGUGGCUCAACUGGUGCCGUAUGUUCCUCCAAGUUUGCACUGUCUCCGACAUCGUGACGGCCGAUGGCCGCAGCAUCCAAGAGUCCAUGUGGCAUGGGGAACGUGACUAUGCUCAUCGUUCUUCAUAUCAAUGGCCUCGCACUGUCCGGCCCCACAGGAACCACUGGAGGGUGUGGCAGGAGCACCUUACUCUCGCACUACUUGUCUCUGACGGACACCAGCGCCUACUGCGUCAUUUUCUGGGCCCAUGGUUUGAUCCUCUCGACAACUGGAACUGGUUAUGGUCUUCUACCCAAGGAUUGUUCCACUGCCAGGGCCACGGUUGGCAACACUACCGUCACUGUUGCUCCUUCACACGGAGCAUUCAAUGGGACUAUACUCGUUCUGCGCAAUUGUCCGGGCGCAAACGACCACAUAACGAGCCUACCGACGACGGCGUCAGCUUCUUGCCGGCCCCCUUUUGGACCCAACCACUCCCAGCCGACGUGUGCCGAGCUACCGUCCACAUCACGCCUUCGCUAGGUACUCUAGCCCUCACUGGCAUUGGGACAGCACCGCUGCAGCCGCACCACUACUCUCCACCGUCCUUACUGGCCGCCUGA